AUAUUUUUUCUGAAAACAAGGAAUUGGAUAUCAAUCGGCCUCCUUCUUUAAGUUUCGUCAUCCCCUUCACUUGUUCUCGUUCUUCUUUAAGGACUUAUUUCUGCAAUAAUUUAUCCACCCAAUAUUAUGGCCAAAAAACCCCACGUCCCCAAAUUUGGCGACUGGGACAAUGAUUACAGUAUAUCAUACACUGCAUGUUUUGAGACCGCUAAAAAAAAUGGAGUGAAGGGAAAUCCAAAUGACCCCGAAGACAAUCCAGAGGCCUUAAAAGGCAUGUUCGAGUCCUCCGCCGCACAACCUCCUAACAGCGCCUCGAGUUCGAGCAGCAAGCCACGAACCUCAAGCGAAAAUGUACGCCAAACUGAGGGAGACACUAGCCACGGUGCGCUCCGGCCAAAUGGCGUUGUGCAUGAGCGUAGGGUUUCUGGAGGGAGCUUCAAGAGUUACAGAUCGGAGUCUGGUAGCGAAAGGAGCAACUCCGAUUAUUCUCUCUUGCAGCAACAACCGAGACACCGCCGUGCGAGGUCGGAAAGAAAGAGCAGAUUGGCUUCAUCAGGGAGUGGUCGCAGUCAUAGCAUUCGUAGUCAUAGCAUUUCCAAUUCUCCGAGCAAGCCUAAAAGUACUAACAGUAGUACUCAUCAGUCUAGUGAUCUUAGUCAACACGAUACUCAUACAAGAGUAUCUUCAAUACCCAAAUUUGGGGAUUGGGAUGAAAAGGAACCCAAAUCUGGUGAAGGUUUUACUUACAUAUUUGAAAAAGUGAAAGAAGAAAAGAAAAUUGCAUCAGCGUUCCCAGUUGUGCCUCAACAACCAAGCAACAAUCUCAACAGUGCGAACGAACGUGAAAAAUCUCCGUCCAAAUCAAAGAGAUGGUGCUGCAUCUUUUGA